UAAUGACAGCAAGUAAAGUAUCUUGGGAUGAUGUGGAGGUGGUGGAGAGUGGAGACCGGCAGGGAGGAGAGAUAAAACAUGUUGGGGUGAUGGGGGCAGGGCUGGUGGGAUGUUUAGCUGCUAGUAUCCUCGCCCAGAGGGGGUAUGAUGUGGAGGUGUUCGAGUACAGGUCUGACAUAAGAAACGAAGAAGAUAUCCAGGGAAGAAGUAUCAACAUGACCAUCGCAAAACGAGGACUCGAUUCAUUGGAAGCCAUCGGGGUCAAAGACGUCAUUCUAAAAGAGAGUAUACCCAUGUAUGGACGAAUGAUACACAGACAAGAUGGCUCUACCUAUCCAGUACCCUACGGUGUAAAGGACCAGGCAGUGUAUUCGAUAUCAAGAAACCUAAUCAACAAGCUCUUACUCGAUACAGCAGAGGGUAACAAAAACGUCAGGAUUAACUUCAAUCACAAACUACAAGACAUUAACUUGAACAGCAGAGAAGCUACUUUCCAAGUUCAAACUGAUAAAUCUGUCGUUAAGAAACGAUUUGAUGCUGUCUUCGGAUGUGAGGGAGCCUUCUCGAAAACCAGACAACAGUUCAUGCGGGACACCUCCUUCAACUACAGUCAGACCUACAUUGAUGCUCUGUACAUGGAACUGUCCAUAGAACCAGACGAGGAAGGAAACUCCAAGAUGCCUGAUGUUAAUUAUCUUCACAUCUGGCCCAGAGGAAACUUCAUGUUGAUCGGUUUACCAAACAAAGACAUGUCAUGGACGAUGACUUUGUUCGGACCAAAAAGCAUAUACACAGAGUUCAAGUUCGCCUCAGGCGUGAUGGGGGUCUUCGAGAAAUAUUUCCCGGACGCUAUUCCUCUGAUGACGAAGAAACGGAUUUUAGCUGACUGUCUGGACACUAAAGGGUAUCCGAUGGUACAGAUAAAGUGCUCCCCUCAUGUUCUCAACAACACUAUACUGCUUGGAGAUGCUUCUCAUGCCAUGGUUCCUUUCUACGGUGAAGGAAUGAACUGCGGGUUUGAGGACUGUCUGGUGCUGAACUCCCUCCUGGAUCAACACAACAUGAAAACAGCGCUGACUCUUUACUCCGGAGCGCGUGUGGCAGAUGUGCAGGCUAUGUGUGAUCUAGCUAUGUACAACUACAUUGAGAUGAGAGACCUGGUCAGGUCACCUCUGUUCCAGUUGAGGAAGUGGAUGGAUAACCUGUUACAUUCUGCAGCUCCUAGCUUCUGGAUACCUCUCUAUACUUCUAUCAGAUUCCAAAGAGCUCUGACAUACGAGCAGUGUUGGAACAAUAAGAAGUGGCAGGACAGGACUAUUGACAGAGCGUUAAUAUCGGGUCUGGUGAUGGUGUUAGGAGUUCUCACUGCUGUCUUCUUCUCAUCUUUAUCAUAGCUAUUAGCUUAGCUAGACAAACAGUUAUAAAUAUAGACUAACAUCACAAGAUGGAGAAGAUCCGACAAGUGGCCCUGUGACCACAGAACUACAGUGUUAAGCCGAAUGUAGGCUGGACUAUUUGAAGACACAAUUUAUAAGUAUUUGAAGAUAUAAAUUUUAAGUCUUUGCAAUUCAGAUUUCUAUCAACUAAUUAUAACAGACCAAGCAUACCAAGGUUUCGAACUUGUGUAUGUAUGAAAUAAUUUUCAGUUUUUGUGUCGAUUACAAGCAGAACAGAAGCUGUUGAUCCCGGCUGAUAGUCGAAUUGAUAAAAAUAGCAUAAGCAGGACUUAUUAAAAUGCGCAUUCGUAUAUUCAUUUAUUGCAUGUUUAAUUUGUUUUUUGUGUUUAAUUUACGAUUAUUUGCAUUUGAGAUUCUGCGAUUAAAUUUAUUUUGUUGAUUGUAAUGUUGUGAUAUUGCAUAAUUUAUUGUAAAUGUAAUAUAUGUUUCAGAAAAUUAUGUAAUGUAAUGCGAUGGAGGUUCUUUAAGCAGGCAAUUCCAGUCCAAACCCUGGAAACAUGACAUAAAGGAUUUGUUUUACUUGUUGCAUGAAAAGCACUAAUA